GUCAUUUAAACGAGACUCGUUUUAGCGCUACUUUUGUUUUUGACCAAAUUCUUCGCAUAAUAAAUAGAAAAGCCAAACAAAAGGAAUUGAAGAAAAAACCGGAAAGAAAAACAAACAUUCUAGAAGACAUAAACAUAUAUCUGCAGUAGGAAAACGACACAAAGUAUUCGAAAGAAGAACAAACGAAACAAAAAUGAGCAAAUACACAACAAAAUAUCUUGAAGACAAACUAACCGAACAACUUGAAGCAAAAUAUGUUAAAGCCAUAGAUGAAUCAGAUGGUUGUGGUGGCAAGUUUAGUGUGACAAUAGUAUCCGACAAGUUUAAAGGCAAGACAUUGCUGCAAAAACAUCGUUUGGUUAAUACAGCUUUAGCGGAAGAACUUAAAGAAAUACACGCCUUCUCACAAAAAUCCUACACACCAGAAGAGUGGGAGAAAGUGCAGCAGCAGUAGAAAAAUUUGUGAAAUAAUAAAAAUAUGUUUGAUAAAGUG